GUCUCCUCUCCCCAUCUUCUCCCCACAACCCGACUCGUGAGCAGUAUAUAGAAGAGUCGAAUUCGCCUUCGCUUUCGUACUACUCUUCACUCUCGCAUCCUAUCAAGAAAGACAAAUCACAAUUCUCAAUUGCAGAAAAGCAACAUACAACAACCAACCAACCACAUAAACAACGCAGCCAUGCCUAUGGAAGAGCAAGGACUAACAGACCGUGCGGUCAUGAACGCCCACGACAUGAUCCACCACGCCGAGAUGGAGGAGCACGAGCACGAAGCCGCCCUGCGGCGGGGGAUCUCGGACGAGGCUGCCGAGGCCGAGUACGACCUAAUACACGGCGCCGAGAUGCGGGCCGAGCAGGCCGAGAAAAGGCGCAGCGGAUCCUUCAGCAAGCUUAAGAAGACGAUAGAAAAGAUGAUGGCGGGGCGGCAUUAAGGGGCUCGUUGACUUUUUAAGAGCCCCCCCGGUGCUUCGUCGGCGGACGCUGCUCUAAUUCAUGCUACGUUGCUGUAUUACUAUCAUAUAUAUCUACACGGGUUCUGCGUGGCGGUCAUGGUUAUGAUGAUAUCCCCAGGUUGAUGAAAGGUCGGGAGAGACAUCUUGCACAACGAGUGCAUACGGAAGCUCAAGACUGAAAAAUUGCUUCGCUUAGGUAUACAUUAAUAUGUCAUUGAUAUCUAAGAUACUCACUCUU